AUGCAACUACAUCUUGACUGUUUGACCAAUCUAAUUUCUUUAACAUUAUAUGAAUCAUCGUAUAAAAAUCGUGUUCUAUUAUGCUUUGAUGAUCCACUUCCUCCUACUUUUCGUUCUUCAACUCUUUUGAAAUUGAAUAUACGAGUACAAUGUUUUGAAGAUUGUCUUUAUCUUCUUAAUGGUCGUUUUAAUCAACUUCAUACGCUCUAUGUUGAUAUAGUGGAUAUUUAUCAUCAAGAUCAAAUUGAAAAUCAAGGUGAUUUACCAAAUCUAAAGUGUUUUUCUCUGUCAUGUGAGAGCACAACAUCUGAUUAUAAUAAAACAAUCGUUCCACUUCUCAAUAGAAUGUCAAAUUUAGAAGAACUCAGUUUGUAUCUUGCAGUCUAUGAUGAUGAGACAUUUAUUGAUGGAAAUCAUUUGAAGAAAAACAUUAUUAAUCGUAUGCCAAGAUUAAAUCAAUUUAGAUUUUAUAUUCGUUCAAAUAUGUUUAUUCGUAAUCAAAUGUAUUUUCCAUCAACAGAAGAUAUUCAACAGACAUUCAUUGACUUUCCAAAUAAUGAAAUUGUUUCUUAUGUUGAUUAUUUGCCAGAGACACGAGAAGGUCGAUGUCAUAUUUAUUCAUAUCCAUCUUUUACGCCAUAUUACACUGAUAUUGCAAAUAAUUUUCCAGGUGGAUUAUUUCAACAUGUUCGUGUUGUGUCAUUAUAUGAUGACUCUCCUUUUGAACAUGAAUUUUUUCUUCAAAUUGCCCAAUCAUUUCCAUUUGUCGAACAAUUAUCUGUGAUUAAUCAUAAAUCACAGAAUCGUAAACAAUCUUAUGAAUCCAACAAUGAUAAUCAAAAUUUCUCUCUUAUUGAAUAUUUGUUUCUUAGUGAACAUAAUCUUCUCAAUGUCCAUGAUGAUUAUAUAGAACAAUUUCUAUUUAAUAGUAAAACUUGUUUGCCAAAUAAUGUUUCUCUUUAUAUUAAUUAUAAGUCUUUGCAGCGAGUAACACACAAUUUUACAAGAGAUGCUACACGAAUUAAUUCUACCAAAAUAAAUUAUUUAAAUUUACGUGCUGAAAGCGAAUGUUCCAAUUUAUCUUUACAAGAAUAUUUUCCUUAUGCAAAAAUAUGUUAUUCAAUAAUGUUCUGGAUUACAGAACAAUAUAGUAUUAAAUUUAAGAAAUACAAUAAAAUACGAGAAAAUUGUUUUGUCUAUUGUUGGAAGAAAAUAAAAUCUAUGUAG